AUGUUUGUAAUUGAUCAAGAUAAGGAGCUUUGGGACAUCAUAAGUAAAGGACCAAAGGUGCCAAUGAAAAAGGACGCUCAAGGAAAUGAUGUGGUUAAAUCCAAAUCCGAGUCCGAAUACUCACAAAGUGAUUUGGAAUCCGUAUCUAAAAACUAUAGAGCAAUAAAUCAAUUGUGUUGUACUUUAAAUGGUACUGAGUUCAAUAGAGUUUCAUCAUGCAAAAGUCCUAAGGAAAUAUGGGAUAAGUUGCUCACAACUCAUGAACUUACCCUACAUGAUGAUGGAGGAAGUGAUGUAACACAAGCCAUGAAGAAUCUUGCUCUAAAGGCAAAGAAACAUUAUGAAUCCUCAAGCGAAGAUGAGGAAAGUGAUGAUGAGGAAUAUCCAUUUGCCUUAAUCAUAAGAGGUUUAGAACGAAUCAUGAAAAUGCGCAAAAGAUUUAACAAAUUUAAAUCUGGAAACAAAGGUAAAUCUUCGAGUUCUAAUUCCGAAACUCACAAACUUAGUGAUUCUGAAGGAUCAACCGAAUCUGAAAGUCAAGAUGGUCAAGCUCACUUGUGUCUAAUGGCUAAUGAUGACAAAGAUGAUGAUUUAGAACAAAAUCAUAAGGUGAUAAUAGGAACAGUGGAGGAAGAAGAAGAAAUGCACAAAGAUGAUCGAACAGUAGUAAGCAAGCAAGAAGCAAUGCACAAAGAUGAAAAGCAAAAGUGGAUCUUAGAUAGUAGAUGUUUGAGACAUAUGAGUGGUAAACUUUCUUUAUAUUCUGAAAUUAAAGAAAGGUGCAAUGGCUCGAUCACCCUAGGAGACAAAGGUAAAAACAAAAUAUUAGGUGUUGGCAAAGUUGGUAAGGACGCUUCUAAAAUUAUUGAUAAUGUCUAUUUGGUUGGAGCUCAAAAUUUCAAGUGUUUAAAGGCUAUAACGGAUGAUCCAAACUAUGGCAUAGAAGAUGCCAAUGAUCUUCAUAAAGAUAAAAAGAAAAACAUGCAAGAUCCUAUACAAAGUCUUGAUGAGCUCAAUGAGGAUGGAAAUAUCAUAAGGAACAAAGAAAGACUAGUAGCUCAAGGCUAUAAUCAACAAGAAGAGGAAGUAUAUGUUAAACAACCAUCUGGUUUUGAGAAUCCGGACUUGCCUAAUCAUCUAAACAUCAAAAUCAAUUUGAAUGUAAAGUUCUUAUCAUUAGUUAAUUCACUCCAAUCAGAGAAUAAAUUCAAUCCAACAAUAUCUUUAAGAAAAGAGAAUCAUUAG